AACACUCAUCACAUAUAAGACCUCUCCAUUUAUUUCUUCACACAAAGAUUUUCUCUCUCCCUUUCUCUCGUUUCUCUUUUCACUUUCUUCUUUACAAAGAAACACCACAGCCUACAACAACACACCAACAACACCAACACAAACACAACACACCAUGACUGAAGAAGAGUGGGUAAACGUCGCCAUGUCCGACGACUCCCUCGUCGUCGAGAUGCUACUUCGUCUCCAUCAAGCCGAACCACCGCCGACGGCUAGGAAGUCCGCGCCGCCGCUUCAGCUCGAGUGGAGCGUGCGUCAGCGUCGCUCCAAGCAGCUCCCGAGAAAAAAGGCUGAUGCCACGCGUGCCAGCCCUACCACGCCGCUUUCUUGGAGUGGCGCCACCUCUGUCAGCGGUGGCGCUGCUGACGCCUUCGAGGAGUCCAGCAAACCGUCUAAGCCUAUUGACAAUACGAGAUCUAAGGUUGUUGCUACCGGUGAAACCUCCACUCCAAAGAGGUCAAGAAAGAAAAAGACCUUGGCUGAAUUGAGAGAGGAGGAGAGUUUGCUGUUGAAGGAAGAGAGAAGUUUGAAAAAUCAAUUGGCAACCUUACGUCUCACACUUGAGAAGCAAAGAACUAGAAAUGAAAGCUUGAAGAGAAUGAAGCUUGAUAUUCUAUCCCAUCAGGCAACAGAAAUAGUUAGAGCUUCUCAUGCAUCUGAGGAAGCUAUUUUGAACCAGUGCGAUCAAGUGAAAUUAGCUCAUGAACCUUCACAAAUGCUGUUGCCAGCAAAUGGUGCAUGCAACGAAUUGAAUCCAUCUCAUCCCAAUGGUUCUUUUGCCGCACUGGAAGAUGAAAGUAAGGUGUCUUCCUUUGUGCUACCUGAUUUAAAUCUACCUUUUGAUGAUGAUUCAAGCUCCGGGAUUUUAUAUGGAAUAAGCUGAGAAGAAUCAGAUGUAAAUCGGUAUUCUUUUUUCACUAAUCAAGCAGAAGUAAGAUCGUCUGUGGCACUUGUGCUUUAAUAAUACAUAAUGGUCAGUUCUAACUAUGUCGACAAGAUGAGUUAUUGUAAGUACCAAACUGAUUACCUUCACCGCUUAACCUAAUCGCGGAAGUUUGUUUUUCAAAAUACAUGAAGGUAUUGUGGGUAGUGUAGAAAUCAUUACUUAGAUACAAUCAGAUUCUUUCUUCUCAGGUUUCUACAUCUGUCCAAGAUUCUUUGGGGCCAACACUCUUUUCCUUUUUUUUUUUUUUUUAACCCCUUUUUGUAGGAAAUAUUAACAGAGCUGUAAUUAUUAUAUCGAUAAUCACAUGUUUUGCUACCUUGAAUUAAUGUUUCUGAAUCUAAAUUUGCUGUGCUUGCCCUUGCUGCUUCUGUUCUUGUCUUUUCUUUUGCUAAUUCUCUUUGAUAUAAGCCAAAGUGUAAACUUAUCAUAUGAUAUGAAAGGAAUGGAAUUUUCAUUUGUACGAACUAUGAAGAGAGGUUUACAUGUAGUGGCAAAAGUGUAAUUAAUUUGUGUGAA